UUGGGAAGCCAAAAAUUACGCAGAGUUUCAUGACAUCUGUGAACAGCACCUGUAACGUCACACUGACAUGCUCUGUGGAUAAAGAAGAAAAGAAUGUGACAUACAGUUGGAGUCCACGAGGGGAAGAGGGCAAUGUCCUUCAAAUCUUCCAGACCCCUGACAACCAAGAGGAGACUUACACAUGUACAGCAUGGAACCCCGUCAGCAACAAUUCUGACUCCAUCUCUGCCCAGCAGCUCUGUGCAGACAUCCCAAUGAGCCCCCAUACUCGCCGCACUGGAUUGAUGAGUGGGCUGGCUGUGCUUUCUCUGCUUAUAAUCAUUCUGCCCUCAGUGGUUUUGUUCCUUUUGUGCAAGAGAAGAGAAGGUUCCUUCUUGAAGAAGUUCAGUAAGAACCCUGAUGCUUCCUCAAAGAAAACAAUAUACACAUACAUCACAGUUUCAAGAAACACCCAGCCAGCAGAGUCCAGGAUCUAUGAUGAGAUCCCCCCAUUCAAGGUGCUCCCCACCAAGGAGGAGCCAGUGAACACAAUUUACUCCCUAAUGCAAUACUCUGAUAAGAUGGAGAAAACCAGCAGUAAGGACAGCAAACCUCUUGGGACUUCGAGCUAUGAAAUUGUGAUCUAGGCUCCCAGAUGGAAUUCUCCCCAUGGAAACUGAGCUGCAACCACACAUACUGGCAGAUGACCCAGACCUAGACUUGCUCUGCCCAGAUCUUACCCAAAGAUUACAGAUCACCAGAUUCCAACAUGUAAGCAAAGAAGGAGACACUCUGUUGCUGGGCAUAACUUGUACUGAAAUAGACAAAUGGAUCAUGCCCUUUCUAAGAUGGCUCACUUCCUAACAAAUAACAAGGCAGAUCCCUUGGAACAGUGCUUCCCAUCCUUCUUCACACCGCAGCACAUGGAGAAAAUAAUUUUUAUGAUACAAUGGAAUAAGCAAUCAGGAUUGCUCAUGGCUGGAGGCUGUAUGUGACUGGAGGGGAUGACUCUUCCCAGCAGCCCCAUAUGGGGAGGAUCAACAUUUACACACCUGUAACCUGACAUGACACACCACUUAAGAGCCUCUGUUCACACUCAAUGUAUGGGAGAAGCCCUGGUGCAUGGCCUUACCCAGUCCCCCUGCACCUUGGGCAAGUAAGCCUCUCACUCAAGUACAUGGCUCGAUGUAUAGAGUGUGGACUGCAUUUCAGGCUGUCUGUCCCUUUGCCUGGGAACGUUUGCCCAGGGUGUACCUGGCUGGACCAGCCCAACCCUAUAUCACUGUGUUGCAUGGAAAGAUGUCAGAGAUGUGGGUCUCAGUUGUGCAGACACACUCUUCCAAUGGAGUGUUGGAACACGUUCUUUCUGUAGGGACUAGACUUCUGGGGCAUUUUUCUUCUGACUCCACUUCAGAAACCUCAUAUUUUUUUCUGUCUAAGUUUUACUUCUGUAUCCCUGUGUAAUGGUUCAUUUUGUGUGUCAACUUGAUUAAACAUUAUUCAGGGUGUGAGUGUGAAGGAUCAGAUAAGCAUUUGAACUGAUAGACCUUGUAAAGCAGAUUAAUCCUCCCCUCCAUGUGGGUGGGCAUCACCAAAUCAAUUGAAAAUAUGAAUAGAAAAAAAGGCAGAGUAAGAGAGAAUCUAUUCUCUCUCACUGCCUGACUGUCUUUGAGUUGAGACAUUAGUCUUCUGCCUUGCAUUUGGACUGGAACUUCCACCAUCAGCUUUCCUGGUUCUGAGGCCUUUCAACUCAGACCUCUUCAGCAUGCUUACAGAUCUCAGAAUUUCUCAAUCACUGUAAUCACAUGAGUCAAUUCCUUUAUAGCUAUUUCCUAUAGUUCUGUUUCUCUACAAAACCAACCACCAUACACUCCAAACUGCCUCAUCAUGAAAAAGAAGGCAUCUCCAAUAAAACCAUUCUCCAAAAGGAA